UUUGUAGGUGGUUGUGUUGUAAACUUGUUUUUAAUUAGCAAUAAAAUCUUGCCAUUUUUAUUUUAUUGUAUUUAUCUGUUGUUGUCUAUGUUUUUGUAACUAUGAUCAUUUAAGAACAGAUAUCUUUACUACAUUAUUACACAUUUUUGUGUCCAUCUGGAUAGGGUUGUAAUAAGUAUAUAUGGUAAAUCAUUUUUGCCUAGUUGAAAGAACCACAAACAUUUUCCAUGUCUAUCAGCAUGACAACUUCUUCAGUGAAAAUGUAAAAAACUUUUGUUAUUUCACCCAUUAAAUAAAACCAUGCCUUCUUGUUAUUCGAACUGUAUGUAAUUAGCACCAUUUCCAGGAAUUAUUUUGAUACGAGGCUAGAACUUUUAAACCAAAACAUCAUCAAGUCUUGUCAAAAUCUUCCUCUCAAGACUAGUGUUCUCUUCCUUGGCCUUGUGGCAUGUUAAAAAAUCGUUUGGAAAGUGUCUAUUGCUAGCUAUUGCUUAGACGCUUUAAAUCUACAAAAGUAAGGUCAACAAAUUGUUACAUACAUUUACUAGCUACAAAAAGCAACCAGUUGACUAGCUAUUUGACUUACUGUGUUGCUAUAAAAUGUAUUGUUACUUAAAUAAAAAAGAAAUCCCAGACAACAUAAAGCUCUUUUGAAUUUAACACAAACGUCUUUCAAAUUCGUUAAAAGUGAAACUAUAAACAGUCUCAUGUUCACACUUGCUAGCACAGCAAUACAAAGCAAUGCAAACAGAUGUACCUGAAAGCGUAGUCAUUGAGUUAAUGCUAUUAUUCUUGUUAAAUCAAAGGCUGCUUUUCUGUCAAUCAGCAUUUCUUUUGCAAUCACAGGCAACACAACAAACAAAUGUUUCCAGUGAUGUUUCUUCUCAGUAACAUUACUCAACUUCAUUCUGCAAUCAUAUAUUCAAAACUUCCCUUUACUUGCUGCAAGUCAAUACAAAACAAUUCCUUAGGCUUUUUUCAAUAGACAUGUUGAAUUAAAAGCAAGCUUCGAAAUUGCAGCUCGCUGAAGUUGGCUGAACCUAUAAAACAGAGCGGCUACCGCAAGGCAAUAAAAUUGGUAGAGUAAAUUAUUCCUACGCACCCAUCCCCUACUAUAUCAAACUUUCUUUUACCGUAAAUUUCGACGACUUCGGCGACAUUCUUCUUGACGUCACAGAUUCUUUUGUUUUAAGGAGAAUCCAAAAGUCCACACUUCGGCGAGAUUUGUCUUGACGUCAUAAUUCUUUUUUUUUUUUUUUUUUAAUAGGGUCCAAAAGUCCACACUGUUUUAAGGCAGAAAACAAAGGAAUAGAGAGUAACACAAUCAGCGAAAUGCGGCAAAAUGUAGUUCCGUUACCCUGAAAACCAUGGUACUUCGGUAAAGCACAUCGAAGGAGAGUCGAGCCUUGGCAAACACUCCUGAGUGGAGUUAAAAUUUAUUAACUCGGAUCCUGGGCGCAAAAUGAUCUUAUUAAACGCUUACAAUAAAAAUUAUGCGUUGCUUUAAAUCGACAACUACAUUUAGAUACACAUGAUUUUCUCAUUGGAAAAAUUUCUCCUUAGGCGAGUGCCGAAGUGGCCGAAGUCUAAAUCCGCUCCUGCCGGGUUAUAUGAAGUGGAAAAAGAGGUGGAUAAAUGGAUAAAUUGAUCAAUGGCAUGAAAGUAUCAGCUUCUGGUUUCUUAUCAAAUGCCGUUCACCGAAAUCUAACCUCCAACGAAAAGUUUAUUUUGUUGCUUUAUGAUUUGCCCGCUGCUGCUCCAUUUCUUGUACUUCUUGAUGGAUUGCAUUUUCCGAAGACCAUAAAAAAGACACGAGUAAAAAACGCUAUGUUGUUACAGCGAAGUUUGGUAUUGCUGAUAAGGCAUUGAAGGAAUUAAUCAUCGAUUACUGCCAUAGAGAACGUGGAAAGGUUCUUAGAUGUUGUGAAACUGGAGAAUUUCCUUGAAUUGGUAUCUAAUACAGAGGCGAACCUUCAGUUUAGAAGUUCCCAACAACAAUUGAUCAACAAUGAAUUCGAUCAGCAAAGAAGAAGAAAGAGGUUUAAGAUUGAUAAAGUUGCUGGACGAAGCCGUCAAUGUAUUGAGGCAAUACCUUUUGGACCAUUUUGCCAAGAGCACGAUUAAUCUUGAAGAGGCUUUGAAAGUCCAUGAGUUAAAGUUAAGAAAAACUUUAAAAGCAGAACAAUGCGAGCUAUUGUAUCCCGAAACUGGCCCAACAAAUCCUGAAAGAUACGAUGUUAGUUUGAUAUAUGUUCUACUGCGAGUGUUGGUGAAGAUACCACGUCCAAAAACUGGUUGGUAUAAUGCUCCACUAACAACUGAUCAAUCCUUAUCUGCGCACAUUAUUCGUAUACAUUUAUCUCGAAAUGAUUUAAUGCAUGAUAGGUUAAAAAAAACAGAUGCAGAUUUUCGAAAACAUUUGGAUUCUAUUGGACGAUCUAUGGAAGCACUUGGUUGCGACAGAAGUUGCAUCAACAAUAUUAUUAACAUGCGUCUAGAUGAAAACACUGCAUAUUUGUUAGAACAGCGUAUCGCGGAUUUAACAGCAUUAGAAGAAAGUCACAGGGAGUUGGCAAUGAAGAUGGAAGAACUGGAAAGUUGUUUUGGAAAGUCAGUUUGGUUUGAUGUUUGUCCUUUGCUGCCAUCUUUUACUGGAAGAAACGACAUUGUAAAACACGUGCACAAAGCCAUAGAACAGAGCAGACAAGGUCACCAAUUAGCAACAGUAAUCAGUGGCUUACCUGGUACAGGAAAGACAAGUUUAGCUCAAUAUUAUUGUUAUGAGUACGGGGAGGUGUACGAUAAUAACGUUGUAUGGAUUCAUGCAGAUACCUUAGAAUCAUUAAAAGCAUCGUUUUUUAGGCUUGCCCAGUGUUUAAAGAUAAUGGAUGAAGGGAAUUGUGAAAGAGAAGUAGGUGUGACGUUGUUAAUUACUAAAGUAUUUAAAUUCUUUGCAGACAAAACAUGUCUUUUUGUAUUAGAUAACGUUACAGAUUCGCAAUUCAUCUUAAACUACCUACCACAAAAUCUUCCACCUAGCAUUAAAAGACCAAUAAUUCUAGUGACAUCAAAAAGGUCAAUCUGGGGUGAAAGAUUUUUUGAAAUUAAUAUUGGAAAAUUGACUGACUCAGAAUCGAGGGAACUCAUUGUCAAAUCUUUACCACAAGAUUUAUUAGCAAAUCAAGAGGAAACAUCCUGUUUAAUCGAAUUGCUAGAUGGUUAUCCAUUGGCACUGCAACAAGCGUUAGCUUACAUUAAAUACUCAAUGAUUACCAUAACGGAGUACAUUGAACAGUUUCAACAGGUUGGAGGUAGAUUUCAACUAUUGGAUUUUCCUUCAAAUGAUACACUGUAUUCUGGAAAAGUUGCUACAUCCCUUCUCGUGAUAUUAAACACUAUUGACAGUAUCGAUGACAAGCAAACAGCUGAAAUAUUAAACUUACUAUCUUUAUUGGACGGCGAGGGUAUUGAUCCGAAUUUUUUUACGAAGAAUCAGACUAUUGACAAUAAGUUGACAAGUACUAUUAUGACUUUGGAAAAUUUUUCCUUAAUUCACGUUGAAAGAAAUUAUUUACUUCGAAAACGAUUCAUCACCAUCCAUUCUGUUGUGCAACUAAUCAUUCAAGAAAGACUCAUUGAGAAAGAACAGUUAGGACGGACCAUAAUCCAUGCAUUCUCUCUGAUAGAAUCUGCCAUUAAUUGUGAGAAUCCAGAUUACGCUUCUUUAAGUUGGCUGCACCAUGUACUUCACAUGUAUGACAAGUUAAAAGCAAACAACAUCUUCCUCGAAAAAUUGGCGUUGAUAAAAUAUGAUCUGUUCAAAGCUUUAGAACAGACAGGAAAUGAAGAGAAAGCGAUCGAUUUGUUAGUUGGUGUAAGAACGUAUUACGAAGGGUGUCAUGGUGUGUUCGCCAGUGAAAUAUACGAUACGCUAUAUCUUAUUUAUCGAGCUUAUGUUAACUUGAAAAGAUGGGAAAAUGCUUUAUUAAUUAUGCAGACCAUAGAAUUAUUAUCCGGUGAGAAAUUGAGCGAAAGUGACCAUGAAUAUUGGAUCAUGCAACAUAAUAAAGCUCUAUGUCUUUCUGAGUUAGGAAAGACUCAGGAAGCAUUGUCUAUUUACAACGAAAUAAUUAAGAAAGAAACAAAAUACUUCGGUGACAAUAACGUUUCAACCAUCAUAACGAAACUUAGCGCGUCUGUUGAAAUGCGAAGAGCUGGAAGGUUGAAUGAAGCCCUUAGCAUUCAAAACGAAUGCAUAACACAACUCAAUCAAAAGAAAUAUAGAACUAGCACUCAUUAUUAUGAUGCAAUUCACUACAAAGUUCAAACUCUGCUACACUCAGGAAAGUACAACGAAGCAGAAGACAUACUUAAAACUUCUGUACAGGAAUGCAUAGAAUAUCAUGGUAAGAACCACAAAUGUACCAUAGCCCUCAUAGGCGCCAGUGCGAAAGUACUUAUGGGCAAAAAUAUGUUUGAGCAAGCUUUAUUACUGUUAGAAGAUCUUGAAAGUCACAAAAAAAGGAAUUUUAACGCAAAACAUCCAACACUUCUUGGCGUGACACAGAGUGCUGCAACUUGCUGUUUUCAAAUGGGAAAAGUGCAAGAAGCACUUAACCUAUAUAAACAGAUAAGAGUUGAGACAGUGAUACCCAUGAAUAUUUUUGGUAUCGAUCACCAAAUUGCUGAAUGCUAUUUUAGACUCGGCAGGUAUAAAGAGGCAAUACAACUCGUUAAAGAAAUUAAACUAAAAAAACAGGAGGUUUACGGUAAUAAACACACAGAGGUUACAUUAACCGAAAUACGGCUUUGUUGGUUCAUGUACCAUAUAGGAUAUUACCAGGAUACCAUAAAUCUGAUAGAUGCUAAUCUUUCAUUUGUCAAGGAAAUAAUUGAAAACAAAGAUAUUAUUGUAAUUCGUCUGCUCCUCGUGUCUGCGCUUUGCUACGAAAAAAUUGGAAUGUUUAAUUAUGCUUUCUCGUUGUACAAGGAGUGCAUGUUUACUUUAGAAAAACAUUAUGAUGGAGACAUGCCACUUUUACAAGUAGUUAAGUUUAAUCAGGCCAUUUGCUGGUUGGCUUCAGGAUCGCACCACAAAGCGUUAGAAUUCUUUUUGGAGGAAUCCAGAAAGAAAAGAAAAGAUCAUUUAGGUCUUAUGAGUCAAUAUUGUUUCGCUAAAUGUUUAACUGAUUUAGAACGUUAUGACGAAGCUUUAGAUGUUUUUACGGAAAAUAAACAACUAGGUAAAAUAUUGUAUCGUCCGAAUCACGUGUUAAAUCUUCGAAUUUACCAUCAAAUAGCCAGAUGUAAAUUUCACAAAGGUAACAUCAGUGAAGCGAAACAAGAUUGUGUUUAUGUCAUUGAGCAAUUGGCUGAUGAUAUUAGAAGUUCACAUGUGUUGGUAGUGGAUGUAAAAAUAUUGUUAUCUCGGUGUCUUCUUUCUGAAUGCGCAUAUGAUGGAGCACUUAAAACAUGCAAAGACGCAAUAGAAGGAGCCAAAGAGUUGGUCGAUACACAUCCAUUGCUGGUUGAAGCAAGAAAAACGUUGGAUGCUUGUGAAAAAGCAGUUAAACGAAUAAAGGACUGAAGAUUUGGGUAAAGACAACUCGAUGAAAUUAUAGCAAGGAAUUAAUUAUCUUUUCUUGAUAAAAUUUUCACGGUUAGUUAUUUAUUAUGACUACAAUUUGGAGCCUUAAAGGAAAUGUAACUUCAACAUCCGUUUCGGAAUGGACGGGUUGAUGACGUCAUGAAAAACAUUCAAACCUUAAUAUCUCUGCAACCGUUUAAAAAAAAAUUUUUUUUCGGUUUUGAAAAGACUUUUAUUUUUAAACCUUUAUAUCUCAUUAACCGCUCAUCAAAAGCACAUCAUGUCCAUAUACAUUUUUCUUGAUCAGCGCUUUAAGCUCUCCACAAUAGCGGCAACAUGAAAACAAAUUGUUAAUUCUUUUAAGUGGAUGGGUUGCUGAUUUUAUCAACAUUUUUAUCCACCCCCUCCAGUGGAUUUUUCCACGGGCUUUAUCGACUAGUCUUAUAUGUUAAUUUUAGGCUGUCUAUUAACAUAUUAUUUUUAGCAAAUAUACCAUGUCAUAUACCAUAUAUAUAUACCAUUUAUAUACCAUAUCUAUACCUAUAUAUACCAUAUAUAAAAUUUCUUCUAACAUUGGAAAAAUUCACGAUCUUUUUUUUAAUAAUAAUUUCUUACCCCUACUUGUAAUUGAUACAACGAAUAAAAAGACAUUUUAAGCGCAUACGCGGAACUUUAUAAUAUGUAAUAAAUUGUUUUUUAUAUAAGUUAGAGAGAGACCUGUAUAUUUUUUGAUUAAAGGAUGAAUGAUCCGCGUGUAAAACUGUGGAUUAAAAUAUA